UUUCCUGUUUCUUACUGCGUAGCGUGUAUUGUCUGCGGCCUGUUUUGCUUUCCUCCCAGCCACUUGUUAUCAGCAUGGGAGUACCGGCCUUUUUCCGCUGGCUGAGCCGCAAAUACCCAUCUAUUGUCGUGCACUCAGUAGAGGAGAAGCCAAAAGAAUGCAAUGGCAUAAGGAUACCCGUAGAUACCAGUAAACCAAACCCAAACGAAGUAGAGUUUGAUAAUCUUUACUUGGAUAUGAAUGGUAUCAUCCACCCAUGUACUCAUCCCGAAGACAAACCAGCGCCAAAAAAUGAAGAUGAAAUGAUGGUUGCAAUUUUUGAGUAUAUUGACAGACUAUUUAACAUAGUGAGACCAAGGAGAUUGCUGUACAUGGCUAUAGAUGGAGUGGCUCCAAGAGCUAAAAUGAAUCAGCAGCGUUCUAGGAGGUUUAGAGCAUCAAAGGAAGGUGUGGAAUUGACAGAAGAGAAAAGUCGUGUACGUGCUGAAGUGCUCUCCAAAGGUGGAUAUCUACCCCCUGAUGAAGUGAAGGAAAGAUUUGAUAGUAACUGCAUUACACCGGGUACAGAGUUUAUGGACAACUUGGCAAAAUGCCUUCGUUAUUAUAUUGCAGAUCGUUUAAAUAAUGAUCCUGGCUGGAAAAACCUUACUGUAAUUUUAUCCGAUGCUAGUGCUCCUGGUGAAGGUGAACAUAAAAUUAUGGAUUACAUCAGAAGACAAAGAGCUCAGCCCCAUCACGACCCAAACACUCAUCAUUGCUUAUGUGGUGCUGAUGCUGAUCUGAUCAUGUUAGGGUUGGCUACUCAUGAACCAAAUUUUACGAUUAUCAGAGAGGAGUUUAAGCCUAACCAACCAAGACCAUGUGGGUUAUGUGGUCAGGUUGGACAUGAGAUAAAGGAAUGUCAGGGACUACCAAGAGAGAAAAAAGGAGAGCAUGAUGAGUUUGCAGAUAAACUUCCAGCUUCUGAACAGGAGUUUAUUUUUAUUCGUCUCAGCGUAUUACGGGAGUAUUUAGAAAAGGAACUUGCUAUGGCCAGCUUACCAUUUCCAUUUGACUUUGAAAGAAGUGUUGACGAUUGGGUCUUUAUGUGUUUCUUUGUGGGGAAUGAUUUUUUGCCUCAUUUACCUUCUCUUGAAAUCAGGGAGGGUGCUAUUGAUCGACUUGUUGGAAUUUACAAAAAUGUUGUGCAUAAAACUGGGGGUUAUCUCACAGAAAGUGGGUUUGUAAACCUUGAAAGAGUACAGAUGAUCAUGCUUGCAGUUGGUGAAGUUGAAGAUAGCAUUUUCAAAAAACGAAAAGAUGAUGAUGAGAAUUUUAAAAGAAGAAAUAAAGAAAAAAGGAAGAGAAUGAAGAGAGAACAGCAUGGUUCUAUGCCAUCUGGACAGUUUGCUCCUCAGGCGCUGGGUCGAGGAAAUAGUUCAUCCUCUGUUAUCAACAAUCCAAGACAGAGCGCUUAUGAAAUGAGAAUGCAUAAUCAAACUUUUCAAAAUGCUUCAAAUCAAGGAUCCUCUGCAGGAGGAACAAAACGUAAAGCUGAUGAUAGUGACAGUGAACCUGAGCCAGAAGAUAAUAUCAGGUUGUGGGAAGAUGGCUGGAAGCAGCGUUAUUACAAAAAUAAAUUUGAUGUUGAUGCCUCAGAUGAGAAGUUUAGACGGAAAGUUGUGCAGUCAUAUGUUGAAGGUCUUUGCUGGGUUCUAAGAUAUUAUUACCAGGGUUGUGCUUCUUGGAAGUGGUUUUUCCCUUUCCACUAUGCUCCGUUUGCUUCAGACUUUGAAAAUAUCUCAGGUCUUUUUUCUGAAUUUGAAAAGGACACCAAACCAUUUAAGCCAUUGGAACAACUCAUGGGAGUGUUUCCAGCUGCUAGUGGUAACUUUCUGCCAACCUCCUGGAGAAGGCUAAUGACUGAUCCGGACUCAAGUAUAAUUGACUUCUACCCUGAUGAUUUUGCUCUUGACCUCAAUGGAAAGAAGUAUGCCUGGCAAGGUGUUGCACUGUUGCCAUUUGUUGAUGAACGCCGUCUAAGAGCUGCUUUGAAAGAGGUUUACCCUGACCUCACUUCUGAUGAAAUAAGAAGAAAUAGCCUUGGUGGUGACCAUUUAUUUGUUGGGAAGCACCAACCGCUAAAUGACUUCAUUCAUGAGCUUUACCAGGCUAAUGAUACAGAGCCAACUGAAAUACCACCAGAGCUGUGUCACGGAAUCCAGGGUAUACUUGAAAUGAAUGAAGGAGCGGUUCUUCCUAAUGAGAUUUUAGACAAACCUCUUCCUUGUUUGCUCCGCCUACCCCAGUCAUUCUCUUUGCCCAUCAAGUUUAAAGACCCUCAGUAUGAAGAUGGUUAUGUUUUCAAGGCAGUGGUUUUGAAAGGUGCAAAGAAACCACCUCCAACGCUAAAACCAGGCGAUUGGGAGAAAACCAAUAAUAAUGGAAGGCCUUGGAGACCACAAACCGGUUUCAAUCAAAACCGAAAGCCAGCUCACUUAGAUUCUUCUGCCUUCAGAACAUUAGGCCAUGUUAUGCCACAAAACAGGGGACCUCAGAGAGGAGGACAUUAUAGCAAUGCUCCACCACCUGGCUCUUACAACCAUUCAUCAGGAUACAGAGCAUCUGGAAGACAACAAGCCCAGAUUCCAAAUCUCUCAAGCUUUUUGACUCCUGCGGAUAUGAGGCAACAAUGGCAGAAUCGCCCUCCUCUUUUUAAUAAUCCACCUCAAAGAGGUUUUGGGCUAAUGCAAAACCCAAACCCCCCUUAUGCGAACCAACAAGGUGGAGCUGGAGGACCAAGUAACUAUUAUCAGAGACGUGAGCCAGAAAUGAAUAGACAGGGAUACAACCAAGGAAGGAAUUACCCACAGCCCCCUCACUCUGGAAGAUACAACUGGAAAUAAACUUUUUUCAUGUGAAUGUUUUUAAACCAAACACUAGCAGAAUUUUUUUUUUUUAUUACCCUCCAAUGAUAUACUUUUUUUUUAUUUUAUUUUUUUAUUGUCAGAGGCAUCUUUUAUUCAUGUGUCCUGUUGUAAUAGUUGGUGAACUCAUCAAACUUCUUAACACUGUUUCAUUUUAGUGGCACAAGUUAUCUGUAAAGGGUCAUUUUGACUAGCAACUUACUUGGCUGUUUAACUUAUUUUGCAGUCUGAUUUAUUAUCUGCAGUGUUUUUAAAAUUAUGUAUCCUUUAUUUUGAUGGCAAUUUCAAUGUGUUUUUCCCCCCGAAAUUGUUUUAUAAAAAGAUAUCAACCUAAAA